UUUGGUAUAUUAAUCAACGAUUAGUAGUGUAUAUCAAACUAAAAUGUUUUCACAAUUCUUUAUUUUAAAUAAUAAAGGUGAUACCAUUAUAUUCAAAGAUUACAGAUUCGACAUACCCAAGGAUAGCAAUGACACAUUUUUUAAAUACAUUUUAUCAAUGAAAUCCGAUAUAACUCCAUCAUUUAACAUAAAUGAUAUAAAUUAUUUAUAUAUUAAAAAAAGAGAAAUGUACUUUGUUUUUACAACAAGACAAUUGGUAUCGCCAUCAUUAGCAUUCGAGUUAUUAAAUAGAGCCUCUAAAAUUAUUCAAGAUUAUACAGCAUCAUUAACAGAAGAAGCAAUCAGAUUAAAUUUUAUAUUAAUUUAUGAAUUAUUAGAUGAACUUAUGGACUAUGGUGUGCCACAAUCAACAAGUACCGAAACUUUGAAAGCAUUUGUAUUUACACCACCAAAACCAAUUAAAAGUAAAGAGUCUGAAUCAAUUAUUGAUAACUUUUUAUCGAGUGUUAAACCAAUUCAUUCAAACUCAAUUGAAAAUAAUAAUAGUAAUAAUAACAAUACCGAAAAUGAAAUUUAUAUAGAUUUAUGCGAAAGAAUAACAAUACUUAUAGCAUCGAAUGGACAAGUUUUAAGAAAUGAAAUUAUUGGUAAAAUUCAAAUGAAGAGCUAUUUAAAAGGCAACCCGGUAUUAUCAUUAGGCCUUAGCCCAGAAUUUUUAUUCAAAACAAAUAGCAAUAGAACAGCAAGCAGCUUUGAAAAUGAAAACGAAAAUGAAACUACACAACCAAAUUUAGACAAUCCUAACCGAUUUGUAAUUGACGAUUGUAGUUUUCACGAAUGUGCAGGAUCAGGCUUUGUUGAUAACGGAGGAUAUAAUAAUCAAAAUAAUAUAAUCAAUUUCAGACCACCACAAGGCGAUUUCACAUUAUUAAAAUAUCGUAUUUCACAUAAUGAAUACUCACCAUUCCUUGUCAAGACCAACCUGGAAUCAACCCAAAAGAAUAAAUUUGAUUUAGUCGUAAAUAUUAGAUCCAACUUUUCAAAUAAAGUAGUUCCAAACUUUGUAUCUGUAUCAAUACCACUUCCAAAAUCUACAAAAUCAUGCCAACAUUCAUUAGACUAUGGUUACCAAAAUCAAACUGUCGAAUUUAAACAAACACCAAAUUCAAACUCAAUAUUUUGGAGUAUUAAAAAACUAAGAGGUGGUAUGGAAACUACAUUAAGAUUAUCAAUCAUAGUCGAUGGCCCAACAUCGCCAACCCAUUCAAAUAAUGUAAAUAAUAAUAAUAACAGUAAUAAUAUAGAAAACUCAACCAUUAAAAAAGAAAUUGGUCCAAUAGGUUUAGAAUUUUCAAUGCCCCAAUUUAGUUGUAGUACCUUACAAAUUAAAUUUUUAAGAAUGUUAGGCUCCAAUGUUUCACCAACUAGAUGGAUCAGAUAUAUAACAGAUUCAAAGAGUUUUGUAAAAAGAGUUUCAACAAAUUCUUAAAAAAUAUAAAUAUAAAAACAAAAUAAAUAUAAAAUAUUACAUAUAGUUUUUUGUUAUUAAUU